UCUUGCAGAGAUCACCCUCCUAGCUUCUGACAUCCAGGGCAGGCUGGCUCAGGUAGACAGCAUACAUGCAAGCCAACCACGAAGGCAUCUAAAGACCAGGCCUUGGGCCUCAGGCAGAGUGCAAACACGGACCCUUAGACAACAUUCAUGCCAAGGGUGUUCCACGAGCAGGGCAUCCUCUUUGGCUACCGACACCCACAGAGUUCCGCCACUGCCUGUAUCCUCAGCCUUUUCCAAAUGACCAAUGAGACCCUCAACAUCUGGACGCACCUGCUACCCUUCUGGUUCUUUGUGUGGAGGUUCGUGACUGCACUGUAUAUGACAGACAUCCAGAAUGACAGCUACUCAUGGCCUAUGCUCGUGUACAUGUGCACCAGCUGUGUGUACCCCCUUGCCUCCAGCUGUGCGCACACCUUCAGCUCUAUGUCCAAGAACGCCCGGCAUAUCUGCUACUUUCUGGACUAUGGUGCUGUCAACCUCUUCAGCCUGGGCUCAGCCAUUGCCUACUCCGCAUACACGUUCCCUGACGCGCUGGUCUGCAGUACCUUCCAUGAGUGCUAUGUAGCCCUGGCUGUGCUGAAUACCAUUCUCAGCACCGGCCUCUCCUGCUAUUCCAGGUUUCUCGAACUCCAGAAGCCCCGGCUCUGCAAGCUGCUCCGGGUCCUCGCCUUCGCCUACCCCUACACGUGGGACUCACUCCCCAUCUUCUACAGGCUCUUCCUGUUCCCAGGGGAGAGUUCAAGAAAUGAAGCCAUCUUGUACCACCAGAAACACAUGAUCAUGACCCUCCUGGCCUCUUUCUUGUACUCUGCUCACCUGCCAGAGCGACUGGCUCCCGGACGCUUUGACUACAUCGGUCACAGUCACCAGCUGUUUCACGUGUGUGUGAUCCUGGCCACACACUUGCAGAUGGAAGCCAUCCUUCUGGACAAGACACUGAGGAAGGAGUGGCUCUUGGCAACCUCCAGACCCUUCUCUCUGCCUCAGAUAGCAGCAGCCUUGCUUCUUUGCAUCAUCUUCUGCCUCAGUAACAUCAUUUAUUUCUCAGCUGCUCUGUAUCGGACCCCUGAGCCUGAGUCACAUGAAAAGGAAUCGUGAUUUCAGAACAGGCCAGGCUUCAGGGUUAAGUCACUGGGGUGGUGUCGACUUAAAGUGGCCAAAAGGAUUUGUAGUGACUGAGGUCUUGACAUUUUUAAAUGGGUUUGUAUCAAAACAAGUAUUUAACCUGGGGAGAAUUCUCUACUCA